UGGAAAAGUUCUCAGGGAAAGGGAAGUGCUGCAGGGAUGUUCACAAGGACAGGGAAGUGCUGGAGGAAGGUUCACAAGGACAGGGAAGUGCUGGAGGUAGUUUCACAAGGACAGGGAAGUGAUGGCGGAAGGUUCACAAGGACCAGGAAGUGAUGGGAAAGUUCCCAAGGACAGGGAAGAUGGUGGAAAGUUCCCAAGGACAGGGAAGAUGGAGGAAGGUUCACAAGGACAGGAAAGUGAUGGAAAAGUUCACAAGCACAGGGAAGUGAAGGUGGAUGGGUCACAAGGACAGGGAAGUGCUGGAGGAUGUUUCACAAGGACAGGGAUGUGAUGGCGGAAGGUUCACAAGGACAGGGAAGUGAUGGAAAAGUUCACAAGGACAGGUAAGUGCUGCAGGGAGGUUCACAAGGACAGGGAAGUGCUGGAGGAAGGUUCACAAGGACAGGGAAUUGAUGGAAAAGUUCACAAGGACAGGGAAGAUGGAGGAAGGUUGACAAGGACAAGGAAGUGCUGGAGGAAGGUUCACAAGGACAGGGAAGUGAUAGAAAAGUUCACAAGGACAGGGAAGUGCUGCAGGGAGGUUCACAAGGACAGGGAAGUGCUGGAGGAAGGUUCACAAGGACAGGGAAGUGCUGGAGGAAGGUUCACAAGCACAGGGAGGUGCUGGAGGAUGGUUACCAAGGACAGGGAAGUGAUGGUGGAUGGUUCACAAGGACAGGGAAGUGCUGGUGGAAGUUUCAGAAGGACAGGGAAGAUAGAGGAAGGUUCACAAGGACAGGGAAGAUGGAGGAAGUUUCACAAGGACAGGGAAGAUGGAGGAAGGUUCACAUGGACAGGGAAGUGCUGGAGGAAGGUUCACAAGGACAGGGAAGCGUUGGAAAAGUUCACAAGGACAGGGAAGUGCUGGAGCAAGUUUCAGAAGGACAGGGAAGAUAGAGGAAGGUUCACAGGGACAGGGAAGAUGGAGGAAGUUUCACAAGGACAGGGAAGAUGGAAGAAGGUUCACAAGGACAGGGAAGUGAUGGAAAAGUUCAUAAGGAUGGAUGUGAUGGAAAAGUUCACAAGGACAGGGAAGUGCUGGAGGGAGGUUCACAAGGACAGGGAAGUGAUGGAAAAGUUCACAAGGACAGGGAAGUGCUGGAGGAAGGUUCACAAGCACAGGGAGGUGCUGGAGGAAGGUUACCAAGGACAGGGAAGUGAUGGUGGAUGGUUCACAAGGACAGGGAAGUGCUGGUGGAAGUUUCAGAAGGACAGGGAAGAUAGAGGAAGGUUCACAAGGACAGGGAAGAUGGAGGAAGUUUCACAAGGACAGGGAAGAUGGAGGAAGGUUCACAUGGACAGGGAAGUGCUGGAGGAAGGUUCACAAGGACAGGGAAGCGUUGGAAAAGUUCACAAGGACAGGGAAGUGCUGGAGCAAGUUUCAGAAGGACAGGGAAGAUAGAGGAAGGUUCACAGGGACAGGGAAGAUGGAGGAAGUUUCACAAGGACAGGGAAGAUGGAAGAAGGUUCACAAGGACAGGGAAGUGAUGGAAAAGUUCAUAAGGAUGGAUGUGAUGGAAAAGUUCACAUGGACAGGGAAGUGCUGGAGGGAGGUUCACAAGGACAGGGAAGUGAUGGAAAAGUUCACAAGGACAGGGAAGAUGGAGGAAGGUUGACAAGGACAAGGAAGUGCUGGAGGAAGGUUCACAAGGACAGGGAAGUAAUAGAAAAGUUCACAAGGACAGGGAAGUGCUGCAGGGAGGUUCACAAGGACAGGGAAGUGCUGGAGGAAGGUUCACAAGGACAGGGAAGUGCUGGAAGAAGUUUCACAAUGACAGGAAAGGUAGACGAAGGUUCACAAGGACAGGGAUGUGAUGGAAAACUUCACAAGGACAGGGAAGUGAUGGAAAAGUUCACAAGAACAGGGACGUGCUGGAGGAAGGUUCACAAUGACAGGAAGUGAUGGAGUAAGGUUCACAAGUACAGGGAAGUGAUAGAGGAAGGUUCACAAGGACAGGGAAGUGAUGGAAAAGUUCCCAAGGACAGGGAAGAUGGAGGAAGGUUCACAAGGACAGGAAAGUGAUGGAAAAGUUCACAAGGACAGGGAAGUGAUGGUGGAAGGUUCACAAGGACAGGGAAGCGCUGGAGGAAGUUUCACAAGGACAGGGAAGUGAUGGAAAAGUUCACAGGACAGCGAAGCGCUGGAGGAAGGUUCACAAGGACAGGGUAGUGAUGGAGGAAGGUUCACAAUGACAGGAAGGGUAGUCGAAGGUUCACAAGGACAGGGAAGUUGUGGAAAACUUCACAAGGACAGGGAAGUGAUGGAAAAGUUCACAAGAACAGGGAAGUGCUGGAGGAAGGUUCACAGUGACAGGAAGUGAUGGAGGAAGGUUCACAAGUACAGGGAAGUGAUGGAGGAAGGUUCACCAGGACAGGGAAGUGCUGGAGGAAGGUUCACAAGGACAGGGAAGUGAUGGAGGAAGGUUCACAAGGACAGGGAAGUGAUGGAAAUGUUCCCAAGGACAGGGAAGAUGGACGAAGGUUCACAAGGACAGGAAAGUGAUGGAAAAGUUCACAAGGACAGGGAAGUGAUGGUGGAAGGUUCACAAGGACAGGGAAGUGCUGGAGGAUGUUUCACAAGGACAGGGAAGUGAUGGCCGAAGGUUCACAAGGACAGGGAAGUGAUGGAAAAGUUCUCAGGGACAGGGAAGUGCUGCAGGGAGGUUCACAAGGACAGGGAUGUGCUGGAGGAAGGUUCACAAAGACAAGGAAUUGAUGGAAAAGUUCACAAGGACAGGGAAGUGAUGGAAAAGUUCACGAGGACAGGGAAGCGCUGGAGCAAGGUUCACAAGGACAGGGAUGUGAUGGAAAAGUUCACAAGGACAGCGAAGCACAGGAGGAAGGUUCACAAGGACAGGGUAGUGAUGGAGGAAGGUUCACAAGGACAGGGAAGCGCUGGUGGAAGGUUCACAAGGGCAGGGAAGUGCUGGGUGAAGCUUCACUACGACAGGGAAGAUUUGGAAGAAGGUUCACAAGGACAGGGAAGAUAGUGUAAGGUUCACAAGGACAGGGAAGAUGGAGGAAUGUUCACAAGGACAGCGAAUUGAUGGAAAAGUUCACAAGGACAGGGAAGUGAUGGACAAGUUCACAAGGACAGGGAAGCGUUGGGGGAAGGUUCACAAGGACAGGGGAGUGAUGGAAAAGUUCCCAAGGACAGGGAAGAUGGAGGAAUGUUCCCAAGGACAGGGAAGAUGUAGGAAAGUUCAUUAGGACAGGGAAGUGAUGAUGGAAAAGUUGACAAGGACAGGGAAGUGAUGGCGGAAGGUUCACAAGGACAGGGAAGUGAUGGAAAAGUUCACAAGGACAGGGGAGUGAUGGAAAAGUUCCCAAGGACAGGGAAGAUGGAGGAAUGUUCCCAAGGACAGGGAAGAUGUAGGAAAGUUCAUUAGGACAGGGAAGUGAUGAUGGAAAAGUUGACAAGGACAGGGAAGU